AUGUCUGCCCCUGCUGCUUUCUCCGACAUCGCCAAGGCGGCCAAUGAUCUCCUGAACAAGGACUUCUACCACACCAGCGCUGCUAGCCUGGAGGUUAAGUCCAAGGCUCCCAAUGGCGUCACUUUCAACGUGAAGGGCAAGUCUGCCCACGAGGGUCCCAUUGCUGGCACUCUCGAGGCCAAGUAUGUCGACAAGCCCACUGGUAAAGGCCCCCUACGACGCAGACCUCCCGACCCCAGUUGCACUCCGCAGCACGAGCCUCGGUCGUCCAUGUUUUCCUUCUCAUGCGGCCACACCUCGUCUAAGCGUGUUCAUUUGACUUUCACUUCAAGGAUUAGCGAUCAUGCAGUCAUGCUAAUGUUGCGUCCCUGCCCAGGCCUCACCCUCACCCAGGCAUGGACGACUGCCAACGCCCUCGACACCAAGCUGGAGCUUGACAACAACAUCGCCAAGGGCCUGAAGGCUGAGAUCCUGACCCAGUACCUGCCCGCCAAGUCGUCCAAGGGCGCUAAGCUCAACCUCUACUUCAAGCAGCCCAACCUGCACGCUCGUGCCUUCUUCGACCUUCUCAACGGCCCCUCGGCCAACUUCGACGCUGUUCUCGGCCACGAGGGCUUCCUCGUUGGUGCUGAGGGCGGCUACGACGUUCAGAAGGCCGCCAUCACAAAGUACUCCGCUGCCGUCGGCUACAGCGUUCCCCAGUACACCGCUGCCAUCACCGCUGGCAACAACCUGACUGUCUUCGCUGCCAGCUACUACCACCGUGUCAACGCCCAGGUUGAGGCCGGUGCCAAGGCCACCUGGGACUCCAAGGCCGGUAAUUCCGUCGGUCUUGAGGUUGCCAGCAAGUACCGCCUCGACCCCUCUUCCUUCGCUAAGGCCAAGAUUAACGACCGUGGUAUCGCCGCCCUGGCUUACAACGUUCUCCUGCGCCCUGGCGUCACCCUUGGCCUUGGUGCCUCUUUCGAUACCCAGAACCUCAACCAGGCUGCCCACAAGGUUGGUGCUAGCUUCACCUUUGAGGCUUAA